AUGCCACGUGGUCCCCGUCUCUCUGCAGAAGAAAAGGCUCAGAUUCGAGCUCUCCACGAAGCCGGAUUCAGCAAUCGGCGCAUUGCCAAUCAAAUCGGCAGGACUCAUUGCGUGGUCUGCUCCUAUCUCAGAGAUCCUGGAGCCUACGACAAAGGAGGUGCCCGAGGGCGUCAAUGCAAGUUGUUCAGCAGAGAUGAAAGGGAAAUAUGGAGGAGAGCUUCGAACAGUGUCACCAGCGUCAACCAGAUCCGUGCAGACUUGAAACUCUCUGCGUCGAAAACAACCGUAUGGAGAGCUAUCAAACGCAGUGGCAACAUUGUAAGAGAAGUCAUGAGAAAGGCACCACGCCUAACCAACUCGCACAAGAUUGCUCGAAUCGGCUUUGCUCAAAAGAAUGCGACCAUGGUUUGGAAACAAGUGCAGUCGUGA